AUGACCACCGCAUCACACACACCAAUCCCUCUCUGGCUGGAUUGCGAUCCUGCUGACAUCGACCCAGGACACGAUGACGCGUUCGCAAUCCUUCUUGCAGCUCAUCACCCGUCCCUGAACCUCCUAGGUAUCACGACCAUUCAUGGCAAUGCGUCUUUGGAGAACACCACUGUCAAUGCCACCAGGCUUCUAGAGGCCAUCGGCAAGCCCGAGAUUCCUGUCUACCCAGGAAGCAAAAAGCCCUUCUGUAGACCUGCUGUGCACGCUCCUAACAUUCACGGUUCGUUUACCCAGCGAGCUCAUUUUGUACAGCGAGCUAAUUUCACAAUGACGGAUGCAGGCGACUCAGGUAUUGAUGGAACCGAGCUCCUUCCUAAGGCCUCACGGGCUCCGAUUACAGACAAGAAUCCCAUCCUUGCUAUGCGCGAUGCACUCAUGGGCCAACCUGAGGGCACACCCUGGGUCAUAGCUACGGGAACUUUGACCAACAUUGCCCUGUUGUUUGCAACAUUCCCAGAAGUCGCAUCGCAUAUCAAAGGUCUCAGUAUCAUGGGUGGCGGCGUUGGCGAUGGCUUUGCCAACGCUCCAAUUAGCAGAGUACUUGGGCAUGAAAAGCGGGUUGGAAAUGUCACCCCAUUAGCAGAGUUCAACAUUUACUGCGAUCCCGAGGCUUCCCAGUCAAUCUUCAGCAACGAGAUCCUCGCACCGAAGACGUUCUUGAUGACUCUGGACCUGACGCACCAAGUCCUUGCCUCCCGUGACGUCCAAACCCGUGUCUUACACGGCAACGGCGACCCCUCCACACCGCCGACUGUGCUCCGCCAAAUGCUAUACGAAUUACUUCUUUUCUUUGCAUCAACCUACGAAACCGAGUUUGGUAUCACAGCAGGCCCCCCACUGCACGAUCCUCUCGCUGUAGCAGCCAUCAUAUCGACCCUCAACCCGGAAUUUGCUAGCAAGCACCCCGAACAGACUCUGAAGUUUGAUGACCGCAACGGCGAGCGAUUCGCCGUCACCGUCGUUACCGAUGGGCUCCAUGGAGAUGACGUUGCUCUGGUAGGACAGUUGGGCCGCUCGGUAGUCUGCAGUAAUCCGACCGGGGUCUGUAUACCCCGUGGGGUGGACCUGGAGGCUUUUUGGGCGAUUAUCGUGGACUGCAUCAGGCGCGCAGAUGAACUGAACGCAUCAAGAGCGGCAGCGCGCCCCGUCUCCGCGCCUCUUCGCGGCGAAUCCACCGAUGCCACCAGUCAACUCGCCCUCUGUAAGUCCUCCGUUUGUUCCCCUGCAACCGAGCCAUUUCCUCGGGAUAUCGCCGAGUUACAACCCUGGUCCUCUACGUCUGGGCUUGUACUUAUCUGUCUUUCUCUGCAGGAUGCCCCCUCCCGCUCGCCCUUGGCUCCUACGUCCUCUCAUCAAGAUCCCCGCGGCGACGCCCAUAAUGAUAACGUGAACUUCUUGCGGUCUCGUGUGCGAUCUCCGCCCGGUCCUUCCUCGUCCUUGAUCGGUCGCCAGCUCCGCCGUCGACAACAGAUUCUCUCCGGACUUGUCCCCGGGCUUGAUAUCGACCCGAUGGACCCUGAUGACGCCAGUAUGCGCAUGUCCGUUGAAAUCAACCGUCGCAUACCGAUUCUGCGUCGACAACGCUCCGGCCCGAACGAAGAAAGUUACAGUACCAUGAACAACAGCAACCUAUAUGAAGGUCGGGUCUCGAAUCCGCGUACACUCUAUGGCUGGGCUCCGGCAUCCGACGACGAGGAGUAUGUCUCUCCGGCUUAUCCGCCAAUACAGAGCAACGCACUCUCUUCAUGGCUAGGCCGACUUUCCGAACGCAGCACGUCGCGACGUUCCGCACGCCGUAACCCCCAAACAAAUCCCGGAGACGCGAUCGAGAAUAGUCAUCGAUCAAAUGAGACCGGAUCGUCCGUAGAAGCGCAACCACAGUCAAUACCUCGUCAACCCAGAUUCUCCCGAGCACGACCGCUCCACGACUACCUUCUCGAACGUGUGGAAGACCCUCGCGACAGGUCUAGCGCAGCCGCCUCUUCUCGGGCUUGGCGACUUCUUCCCAGCGGCCGCAGCGAGCCACAUCGCACUCUUACACAUAAUGACCUCCGUGCGCGGGUCAGCGCCCAUCGACAGUUGCACUUAGAGAACCCUCCUAGCCCUCGGCUGAAAGAGACCAUCCGUUAUCUAGACCGGUUACGCUACUCGAGCUCGUUUGAGGAAAGUCUGAGGUCGGCGGCCGCGGGGGGAUUUGUCGAAUUAGAUCUUCUUUCCUGGGACGAAGACGACUUUAUCCUCGACACCUCCUCAUUAUGUCCUCCACCAGAGUGCUCCUGGCUUCGCCCGGGCAUGACCUUUUCGGGGUGCCAGAGAGCCGCAAGCACCGCCAGCGUCAUACUUCCCCAACAGGCGUCCAGUUCAUCUAACGAUCCCAUGAUAGUAAAUGGCAAUGACCAGAAUCGCAUCAGCAUACAAACAACGAACGGAAGACGAUAUCUUGCUAGUCAAGUUUACAACAUAGGGCGGACCGGAAAGGAUGAGAACUGGCCGGUCAAAGUAACCAUCCACGACAUCAACACCCACGAUAUGACCCUAUCAGGGACCAUGGAGGCGUACAAUAUCCCCGACAAGACGUCGCCAUCGCACGACGCCCACAUUGUGACGUUCCUGGAGGGAGAGAUCAUCGACUUCAACUCACAUACCUUAGAGACGAAGAAUUUCCAAGCGGAUGCUGAGAUUGACAGCACGUACUGGCGGGAACUGCAGCCGUUCAAGGACCUAACAGAUGAAGAGAUGACCAGGAAUCUGGUGUCCAGAAAAUGGAUUACAGAGGAGCUGUGCAAGAGCUGGAUACUGAUGCGUUGGAAGGAACGAUGCUUCAUAACUCCCACAGAUGCACGGCAAGGUCUCACGAUAUCAGGCUUCUACUACAUUUCUCUGCACCGCGAAACCGGCAAUAUUGAGGGCCUCUAUUAUGACCCAGGCAGCUCACCUUAUCAGCAAUUAUCCCUAAGACCGGAGACCAAAAUGAUGACCCGACCCUCGUACAACUUCCGUUAG